AUGAAUGCUGUGGAUGACGACGCUUUCAAGAAGUAUGUUCAAAAGGCCAUUGAGGAGGUCAAGAAGGCUGGGCAUUGGGAUGACAGUAAGAUCCCCCAGAUGAUGCUCAACUUGAAAGGAGAGGAGGUAAAGCCUGUCUGCAUGGCCCCCGAGGGUUUCGUGUGGAUUUCAGAAGAGAACUGCGGAGGAAGAAGCUUGGGUGAAGAGCUGCCAGUCUUUCCAGGGGCUGGUGUCAUGGUCAGUGAGAAACUGGCCCUAGUUAAAGUGGGCCAGGACUGGGUAAAGGGACGUUUGGUGAAGGUGGAAGAUGUUCCGGACUACGUUGAGUCCUUGCGGAAGAGGUAUGAAGUGCCGACCCCAGUUCUCGCUGAGCUGAGCAAGGCGCUGGGCCCAGAGACUGCAGCUCUUGAAGUGGAGGGCGCCGAAGCAGGCAAAUCUCCGGAUGAUGCUCGCAUUUUGGCCGUCGACUACGAUGCCCAAGACGAGAGAUACAAGGAGUGGAAGGUCGUCUGCCAGGAGUGCGCAGAGUACCCCUUCAAGGACUGGCCGUUGGAGGGGCCAGUGUGCACUCACCACAUGCUAAAGCAGAUGCAGCGCGCAGGGGGCACGCCAAGGUCUUGGCUUCAGACCUGGGCCCGCUUCAAGCAAAUUCCUGAGAAUGAUCGCAUCAUGUUUGAAAUGCGGACAUUGGUGGAGGCAGUGGAGUACGGUGGAACCUAUGACCAGUUGAACCUGGCUUCCCUGGCAUCUUUUGAGUGCAUUUCAAGAAGGAUCAUGGCAAUCGUCGACGCCUUCGGCGCUGGUGGUGCGGGGAACCCUGAUUGGGGAGCUGCCAAGAUUUUUACUGGGUACAGAGGACCGGAGGACAUCGUGAUGCCCCAGCUAAAGCAGUGGGCCUCGAAGAAAGGCAAAGAAGAGGCCGAGCUGCACCAAGCUCGCACUAAGAUGCGGGAGCUUCGUCGUGGAGUAGUUACUGAAGAAGCCGCAGCAGCUGUUGCCGGGGGAGCUCUGCCUUCAGCUGCAGCCGCGAGGAGACCAGGGAAGAAGGGUGUGCGCCAAGAGGGUCGCCUCAGCAGACGGAGCCAGCAGAGGUUUUGUCGCAAGGCGAGGAUGCAAGAUGAUAUCCGGGAGACCGUGAAAGCGCUCAACUGGAUGAAUGGCUUUUCACCUUCUUUAGAAUUCGGGGGCCAGCCGGAUGACAUGCAGACGCAAGUCCUCGGCCGGGCCGUGCAUUUGACAAAGCUGGCGUGGGGCCCAGGCACUUUGCCCACGGUUCCACCUGAGGAGGCAGCCCUGCGGGAGCUGCUCAAAGGCAGAAGUGAGUAUGAGGACUCAUCUCUGCCAGUGACUUUGGCGCGCUUCGAGAUUGAGCGCAUCUCCUUGCCGGAGACGCUGGAAGGCGUCCCCGACGUGGCAGCUUUACUGCCAGCGGAGGCCCGUCAAUAUUUGGAGUCGCCGGAGCUUAUGGUUAGAGACGAAGCCCGGGCGGGCCUCUUCUUUGUUCACAAAAGUGACAAGAAGAAGAUCCGACUCAUUGUGGAUGCCAGACCCGAUCUGAAGCUUAUGAGGAGUACUUUCGUGAACGCGGCCUUCACUUUGGGCUGGCAGACGUCAAGGCUCGAGAGGAGCCGCUUUCGCAAAGCAGCAUCUACAACGGCGCGAGAGCACGCCCUGACCUCAGCCGGAUUUGUAAAGGACAGUCUGACAGAGCAGUGGAGAAGACAAGAGGUUUCAGAUGAGGACGACCUCAAGGUCACCAAGAAGAAGGAUGCUCUCCCGCGGCACAGAGCCACGUUAGAGCGGACCAGUCAACGCCAGGACUUGGAGACCCCCAAAGGUCGGUACCCAAGCAACUUCUCGCUCAUGGAUGUCGACAUAUGGACAAACCCCAGGGCGCGCCACUCCAAGAGGCCUCGUUCGCCUUCAGGGAGCUCGACCAGCGCCACGUCGCAGAUUGGGGACAGGGGGGCGGCCCUGAAGAAGCGAGCAAAGAGGCAGACCAAGCAGCUUGUCGAUGGUGCCAUGGAGAGGACGGAUCUCACCUUGCUCGAGAAAAAGGCCAUCGGGGACAAAAGCCACAAAGUGUACCAACUCGAGCUGGAGGAGUUUCUGAGCUUUGCGCGCCCAAGAGAGCUGAACGUGCAGGACGCCAACGUGCUCGACCGGCUGGUGGUGGAGUACUUCAACAAGAUCUACCUCGAGGGCUUCCAGUCCUACCGGGCGGACAGGCUCGCA